CCACAUUCUGGCGAACUAAGCCAAUCACCACCUUUCUUUAUUUCUUUCUCCGAUUUUCAAUUAUUUUCUCUCCCUCUGUCACGCAACUCAUAUCAUACAUGUAUCGUGUCAUCUUCCAAUAAUCCUCUGUGUAACCAACACGAUUGGCUCACACACUCUGCAUUCGCUUCAAUCGCAAAAUGCCAUCUCAGAUCUUUCCCACAUCCAACCGUUCUCUUGAUUCCGCGGUUUCAACUUCUUCCACGGCAUUCGUCCGUCCCAAAGAAGACCAAAAUGACCCCUCCGUCAGCCUCCUCGAUCACUCCGCCACCCCUUCCUACCGAGACUUGUCCCUCAAGCCGCCCUUGCCGCGGGCCUCCAGCUUCACCUCCUCGCGCACCAAACCCUCCCGCCCUCGCCACUCUUUCAAUCAGAAACGCCGCCGCCGUGCCGCCAGCCAGGACUCCUUCCCCAACAUCUCCGAUCAGACUCACACCUCCACCCGCUCCUCCUUCGGCCGCGAUGUCGCAGCCGAGACCUUUCUCUUGACUCGCCUUGGCUUCAAGAUGCUCGGAUACCUCGGGGUAGGCUAUAAAUGGAUUACACGAUUUCUUGCCCUUAGUUGUUAUGCACUACUUCUUUUUCCGGGCUUUAUUCAAGUUGGAUAUUACUAUUUCUUCUCCAGUCAGAUACGCAGAAGCAUAGUUUAUGGAGAUAAACCUCGAAAUAGGCUUGACUUGUAUUUGCCUAAAAAUGGCAGCGGUCCAAAACCAGUUGUUGCUUUUAUUACUGGUGGAGCCUGGAUUAUUGGUUACAAAGCAUGGGGUACACUUCUAGGUCAACAGCUAUCAGAGAGGGAUAUUAUUGUGGCAUGUAUUGAUUACAGAAAUUUUCCCCAGGGAACCAUCAGCGAUAUGAUAGCUGAUUCUUCUCAAGGCAUCGCAUUUGUGUGCAACAAUAUUGCAGAGUAUGGAGGUGAUCCUAACAGAAUUUACCUAAUGGGACAAUCAGCUGGAGCACAUAUUGCUGCAUGUGUAAUAGUGGAGCAGGCAAUCAAAGAGGCAGGUGAAGGAGAGAGUACAUCUUGGAGUCUUUCCCAGAUUAAGACUUAUUUUGGUUUAUCUGGAGGGUAUAAUUUAUUUAACCUAGUAGAUCAUUUCCACAGUAGGGGUCUUUAUCGGUCCAUCUUUCUAAGCAUAAUGGAAGGGGAGGAAUCCCUGAGACGGUUUUCUCCAGAAGUAAUGGUUCAAGAUCCAAACAUUGGAAAUGUCAAUUCUCUACUACCUCCUGUAGUGCUUUUUCAUGGGACUGGGGAUUAUUCAAUACCAUCAGAUGCCAGUAAAUCAUUUGCUGAAACUCUUAAAAGAGUUGGAGUGACGGCUGAAGCAAUUAUGUACGAUGGGAAGACUCAUACAGAUGUGUUUCUACAGGAUCCGAUGAGAGGUGGAAAAGAUGACAUGUUUGAAGAUUUAGUAGGAUAUAUCCACGCUGGUGAUGCUGAGGCCCGUGCCAGAGAUGCAGAGGCUCCUCCAAGGAGACGCCUUGUGCCUGAAUGCAUGUUAAAACUCGCUCAUAGCGUUAGUCCAUUCUAGUCUCCAACUAACAUUCUUUCUCCAUUUUAUUAUUUUUCUUUGUACAUAAUCUCAUUCACCUCCUAAAUUAAUUUUCAACAUUCCAUUCUAUUACUAGAUUUAGCAAUACAAGUAGACUCAAACAUUUGCUU